CAGACCGGACGUGGAGCCGUCUGAACCGUGGACUGUGCAUCGAGGGGAGGGGACAACGGGGCACAGACUAGAGAAAGCGCACUAUGAUACGAAGGAAGAAAGAGAUAUUAUUAGGGUGUGAACUGUGAAGCUGAAAAGAAUUGAUUUUUUUUGUUUUCAUUUUUCUUCAAUCGCUGCUUCCAACUACUCUGGAACUGACGGCGGAGGAGGGGGGAGCCUGAACCUCUCCUUCGUUCUUCACGCUCGUAUCUCCCUAUUCCCUCCUGUUUCCGAGCAAGACUAUGAAUCAGAGACUGUUUUAAGGUGAACGGAAGUGGUGGCACUCCCAGCCAGCCUGGAAUUCUGAGCUAGGGUGGUUCUGGCAGUGCCUCGUCGAACAUGAACUUGCAUACUGUGACAGCACUAUUGUUGCUCCAGCAUAGCUAUUUUCAAAAAUACGAAUCUGGAAAGUAGAAACUAUAAUUUCCCUUUUUGAGAUCCCUAAAAAUUGUAAGAUUGCCUCCAAGCAUCUACUGUCAAGGACUGAGCGGUCAUUUCCUAAGUCUUCCUCGCUUCACCUUCUUGUGUACUGAUAGCAUGAGAUGAUGAGAAACCCUGGUUUUGAACAAACAGUGGAAACAUGGACAAACAAGGAGUGCUAUUUGGGUGGUUCAUGUGUUUGAAAUGUUUGCCACCUUCAAGAGCAAAGCUCUUAUUCUGCCUCUGGUGCUAUGGGUAAUUUGGUUGUGGCAAUGGAGAUGGCUAAAAGGGUGAAGGAGAGACAUAAGAAUGAAUAACCCAUUUUUCUUUGUGGGAGUGAUUAUUUUUCUAACUUGUUUGUUAAAUUAAAAAGAAAUAAGAAUAGAAAAGACUAUUGGGGAGAGAGAGUCAUUACUUUGUUUCUGUUGGACAGAGGGAGUCAGGGGCCCUGUUCCCUCCUUGGCCCCUUGCAAUCUGUUCGGGGUAGGGUAGAGGGGCAUCAUUCCUUCACUUUUGCCACCAGGAAGUGCUGAGGGAGAGGAAAGAGAAGGAAGGGGUCAAAUCCCCAACAAGCCCUUAAGCCUUAGAUGCUUCCAUAGAGCACCACAUGAGUCAUGGCCUCUAACUUGGAUGAAACUGCGUCAGAUGGUGCAGCUUGUAAUUUGGAUGAAAUUACAUACAGUGACCCCAAUUUAAGAACUACGCAUGCAGUGAUACAGGGGCAUAAAGCAUCGGUGCCAAGCCUUUGUUUCCUAUUCUCGUAACAAACAGUAAUCAUUUUCAGUGGAGUAAAAAUUUUUGUUUUAUUUUAUUUUAAUUUAUGGAGCCUUAUUUUUAAACGAUAUAGUUUAUUUUUUAGGUAAUGCAAUAGUUGUUACUGAAUUUGCGUUCCUCUAUACUGAUUUUAAUUUGGGGAGAUAUACUUAGCUCCUGGCAGUGUUGGUUCCUUUGGCACUGCAGAAAGAGAAGAUUUGAUGAAAUACAUUUAUACGCUUAUUUCUUUGCACGAAGGCUGUGAAAUUGAUAUAUAAGCUGGACUUUCAAUUUUCAAGUGCAUCUUUGUUUCUUUAGAGACGUUAUAAUUGUCAUUGUGCCUUGUCAUAUACAAUUUUUUUAUUUUAUCUCUUUGAUGCAGAUUGUUUAUAUUUGAAACUCUUGUAUUACUUCGUUUCUGUCAGAUCAUGAUUAGUUUUCUCAGAAAAUCUAGUCAUUUCAAUACGGUCAGACUUUGAACUUUAUGUCUUAGAGGGUAGCAUGUAUACCGUUCUCAUGAUGAUGUCGUAAUUUGGUCACGAUGAUUAUGAAUGUACAAGAAGCAUAAUAAGCACAAACGGAUUCUGGGUGGCCACAGUUAAGUUAAGGUCAACUGGAGGUUUUCUUCACUCCUAUUUGCUUCAUUUGUGAGCAUUAAAGGAGAUGCGAAUCAUUGGGGACUGUCUAUUCUUUCAUUGUUCAUUUUCUUUGAAUUCUGGCAUCAUCUUCUGGCUUGUUUGAUCUGGACUGGAUUUUCACUGGUGUGUCAUUGAUUUAUUGCAAUUCUGGCCAUUUUCUCCAUUUGGUGAAGGGGAAGCUUCUCUGAAGAUUGUCCUUAUUGCUAGAUAUUGGUCCAUUUUGGAGGAAAGGAUGCAAUAUUCUUUAUUAAUCACCAUAGGAGAGAGAAAUCUAUGUAUCUAUUAAACAAAUUAUGCAAUAUCUCUGAAGCUAGUAAAUUGAUAUUUUCGUACAAAUUUGUUCAGAAGAGUUGCAGUCAACUUUUUUAUUAAGAGAUGGCAUUUUAUCAUUUUCUAUAUUUUCCAAUGCACAUUGGCCUGUUUCCCCCUGCCACUUAGGAGGGGGGGGGGCAGGGGAGGUGGAUAUAUUGAAGCUAAACUUCGAUGGAUGCUUGCAAACCUGCUGGAGUGGAAGCUCUCAAGAGAGAGUGAUGGUGGUUCUCCUGGGGCUGGGCUGAUGGCCUUUCUUUUUUGGGUUGAGGGUGGCCCAUUCUGAGGACUGAUGUUUGGUUGACUGUGCUGCUGUAUAGUGCAUGCAAUCAACAUUUCACUGUGGAAUGCAAUUCCACUGAUGAUGAGUAAACCAUUUCUUUUUUUCUUUUUGUUUGGUGGUGGGGUGGGGGUGAUCUCUCAUUUAAUCCGAACCUUGACUGCUUCCGUGAUUAUCUUAUUCCAUUGGAAGCUUAAAUCUGUGAAUGCUACAGCAGACAAGCUAGUAAACAAUGUGAGGUUGAACUAGUUAUUUGUUGUUGGAACUAGUUAAUUACAUUUGGUAACUCUGAAUCUGCUUGCUUAUGCAGACAAUGUUAAGAACAAAACAGCUUGGUACCUUUUCCCAUUGUGCGAGGACUUUCUUCCUUAGUGGUUCACGUUGUAGUACUGCAGAUGGAAGUUCAUGUGUCUGCACUGAAGACGAGACCUGUGUCUCACGGAAGCAGCAAAGAAGUAAUGAAGUUCUGCUUCCACAAAAGACCCCAGAACAAGCACAAAGUCCACUUUCAGGAGAUGCAGUGGGAACAGUUGGUCAUCACAGAGCAGAGAGUGGUGUCUAUCGAGCUCCAGUGCCACAUAUACCACCUACUCCUGCUUCUUCAGCAAGGUUUGGUGAUGCAAAUUAUGUUAGUGGCAAUGUCAUUGAUGCUCAGAAGAAUUUGGUGCCUACAUCCACUCUUGUUUCUGACCACUUUGUUAAGGCUGGUAUUGCAGCAGUUAGUUUCCUUUAUGAUUUGGCUAAUUACAAGCUUCCUACAUCAGAUGGAAGUGGGGCACUUUUGUUGCCCCAGAACUGUAUGGUUGAUUCUACUAGGCCUAUUUCCAAUGUAAGGUCAUCAAAUGGGAAGCCCCAUAAAAGUGGCUACUCCAAAUCUCAUGGAAAACCAUCAGUUGAUGUAGCAAGAGGGUCACACUCUACAGCUCACUAUAAUGGUUCAAAAGGUAAAGCUGAAAAACCUGGAACUGGUACAGAGAAAGGUUUUGACCGUGUAUCAAGCACAGCAGCAAGGAAUUCUGUAAAUACCCACGGCUUGGCUUCAGAUUCUACUGAUGGGAGGCAGUCCAUACCACAGCGACAGGGUGAUUCCUAUCACUUCGUUGCCAAGUCCAAGGCAAAAGGACGGACUUCAGAAGGUAAAGUUUUUGGAGGCAUUUCUGAAGGCAUUAAAUCAGUUGAUAGGGUUCAGAAGCCCCAGAGAUGUGCAAAAAUGCCAACAGGAACCACCUCAAUGAGCCGGCAGUCUGUAAAUGCUGGGCAGGCUGUGGACCGUGCUAACCAUAUUCUGCAACAGAUGAAGUGGGGGCCAGCAGCAGAACAGGCUCUUGGGAAUCUUUGCUCAUUCAAUGCCUAUCAAGCGAAUCAAAUUCUGAAGCAGCUUCAAGAUCAUUCAGUUGCUCAAAAUUUUUUCUACUGGUUGAAACACCAGCCAGGGUUUAAACAUGAUGAGCAUAGUUACACCACCAUGGUUGGUGUUCUUGGUCGUGCCAGACAGUUCAGCGCAAUAAACAAGUUGUUGGAUGAGAUGGUCAGGGAUGGCUGCCGCCCUAAUGUGGUUACAUACAACCGAUUGAUUCAUAGUUAUGGCCGGGCAAAUUACAUGGGUGAAGCGAUCAAUGUUUUCUACCAGAUGCAAAAAGCUGGAUGCAAACCUGAUCGAGUAACCUACUGCACACUAAUUGAUAUCCAUGCGAAGGCGGGGUUUCUUGAUGUUGCAAUGGACAUGUAUCAGAGGAUGCAAGAGGUGGGUCUUUCUCCUGAUACAUUUACAUACAGUGUGAUAAUCAACUGCCUUGGGAAAGCCGGUCAUCUAGCUGCUGCUUACAAGCUGUUCUGUGAGAUGAUUGCUCAUGGUUGUGUUCCCAAUUUGGUUACAUACAAUAUCAUGAUUGCAUUGCAAGCAAAGGCGAGGAACUACCCUAGUGCAUUAAAACUGUACCGGGACAUGCAGACUGCUGGAUUCCGACCUGAUAAGGUGACAUACAGCAUUGUAAUGGAGGUCCUUGGUCAUUGCGGCUAUCUUGAUGAAGCAGAAGCUGUCUUUGCAGAGAUGAAACUCAAUAAUUGGGCUCCUGAUGAACCUGUAUAUGGUCUCCUGGUUGACUUGUGGGGAAAAGCUGGUAACGUUGACAAGGCUCGAGGAUGGUAUCUAGCGAUGCUCAAUGAUGGUCUACGCCCGAAUGUUCCAACAUGCAAUUCGUUGCUUAGUGCAUUCCUUAGAGUAUUCCGUUUCUCUGAUGCUCAUGAUGUGCUGCUGAGCAUGAUGAGAUUGGGUCUGCAACCUUCGCUGCAGACAUAUACUUUGCUCCUUAGUUUCUGUACAGAAACACAAUCACCACUGGAAAUGGGCUUUUGUUGUAAGCUUAUGGCUAUCACUGGCCACCCUGCUCAUGGAUUCCUACAGUCCCUGCCUGCUGCAGAACCAGACGGGAAGAAUGUACGAGCUCAUGCUAGCUACUUCUUGGACCUUAUGCACAGUGAGGAUAGGGAGAGCAAGAGGGGACUUGUGGAUGCAGUCAUAGAUUUCCUUCAUAAAUCAGGCCUCAAGGAGGAGGCAGGCUCAGUCUGGGAGGUUGCCGCACAGAAGAAUGUCUAUCCAGAUGCAGUAAGGGAGAAAAGAUCCUGCUAUUGGCUUAUCAACCUUCAUGUUAUGUCAGAUGGAACUGCGGUUACAGCCUUGUCAAGGACGCUUGCCUGGUUUCGCAGGCAAAUGCUUGCAUCAGGCAUUGGACCCAAUCGCAUCGACAUUGUGACUGGAUGGGGCCGGCGCAGCAGGGUAACUGGAUCUUCUCUUGUCAGGCAAACAGUGGAAGAGCUGCUUCAUAUGUUUCAGUUUCCUUUCUUUACUGAAAAUGGUAACUCUGGGUGUUUUGUGGGGUGUGGUGAGCCUCUCGGCAGAUGGUUGCUUCACCCCUAUGUGGAGCGAAUGCACUUGUUAUAGCUGGUGAUCUUUGUUCAUUUUGUAGCAUAGAUGUAAUUUUGUUUUGUAAAGAGGAAUUGUGGUUCUUCUUAUUUUGUAUUAUGAAAUUUAACUUGAAUGCUGUUCUUAUGAAUAGCAAUGUUGAAUCAAGUAGGUUGUUGAGUUUCAAGAUUAUCUUCUGAAUGACACCAUUUGAUUUUUCUUGGUA